CCCAUUGAUCGAUAAUAUGUCCAAGGUUUGCUUCAAGCAAAAAACCAACACGCUUGCAAUACAGCUAUGGCACCCUGGCACAUUUCAUUUCUGCUCCCAACUCUCCUCCUAGUUCUACUACUAGUCACCAAAGUUGCAGCAAAAGUUCCGGCAGUCAUUGUGUUUGGAGACUCCUCCGUCGAUGCUGGGAACAACAACCAGAUUUCCACCGUUGCCAGGAGCAAUUUCGAGCCUUAUGGCCGUGAUUUCACUGGUGGCAAGCCAACCGGGAGGUUCUCCAACGGCCGAAUAGCCACGGACUUCAUCUCCAAAGCUUUUGGACUCAAACCGACCGUUCCGGCCUACUUGGAUCCUUCCUACAAUAUAUCAGAUUUUGCCACUGGUGUCACAUUUGCUUCUGCUGGCACCGGCUAUGACACUGCAACUUCAGAUGUGCUGUCUGUGUUACCGCUAUGGAAGCAAUUAGACUACUACAAGGAAUACCAAGCUAAACUGAGAGCUUACCAGGGAGGAAAUGAAGCAAAAGAAACAAUCAACGAAGCUUUACACGUGAUGAGCUUAGGAACUAAUGACUUCCUGGAGAACUACUACUCCACAUUUCCACCAUCAGGCCGAUCAUCCCAAUACACUAUCUCCCAAUACCAAGACUUUCUCAUUGGAACCGCAGCGAAUUUCGUGAAGGAACUCUACAAGCUCGGAGCUCGGAAAAUUUCCGUGGGAGGACUGCCUCCAAUGGGGUGCUUGCCAUUAGAGAGAACCAGUAAUAUCAUGGAUGGAAAUGACUGCAUUUCGAAUUACAACGAUGUGGCUUUGGAGUUCAAUAACAAGCUGAAUAUCUUGACCGUAAGCCUCAAUAAAGAGCUUCCUGGAAGCAAAUUGGUGUUCUCAAAUCCUUAUUUUAUUUUCCUGCAUAUGAUAAGAAGGCCUUCUUUCUAUGGUUUUGAGGUGACAUCAGUGGCUUGUUGUGCCACAGGAAUGUUUGAGAUGGGCUAUGCAUGCAACCGAAACAACAUGUUCACAUGCACCGAUGCAAGCAAAUACAUCUUCUGGGACUCCUUCCAUCCCACAGAGAAAGCAAACCAGAUCGUCUCUGAUUACUUGGUCAAACGUGCCCUGGCCCAGUUUCUUUAAUUUUCCUUCAAUUAAUAUAUGAAAGCUAGGGCAUUAAAUUACUAUAAAUCUAGGUUCCUAUCACCUUAGAUAGGUUGAUAUAUGGCUCUAUCCCCAGCUACUAUUUUGUGCCCAACUAAGUAUAGGUAUUAGGUUGUUUAGAAUUGCAUUCUGGUCGGUAAGGACUUCAUUUUGCUUUCUGCAGUGGAUGUUUCUACUUCCACCAUGGAAUGGCAAUAUGAUAAUACGGUAUUUAGUAAUAUUGUAGUACUCGUAAUAGUUUAAGUAUGUCUCUAUCUGGUGUGAAUAAUGGAUUCAAAUCCUCUUUUCAAUCUAAAUUCUAUGUAUUUUUAUGUA